AUGUCCCCGUCCGUGUUUCGUGAGUCCGUUCCCGUGGGCGGGAUCUUGUACUUGACCGCUACGGUUGUGUAUACAGAGCCCGCACCGGCGGGAGGGAGUCGGGUGCAAAUCCGUGUUGAUUCAAAAGUUCGAGACGUUCACCACAGCUCGCUUCGGAAUACCGGUACGUUCACAUACACGUUCGAUACAGAGGAGGAGUUCAAGGUCUUACCCAAGACUUACGGGGAGUUCGUUUCCUACAUUGAUGCAAGGAGGAAGGCAGAGGCGGAACGGUCGUGGGCAGACACGAGCGACGAUGUCCCUGACACUUUGGAGGCUAGCGUUGUAGAAUAA